UUUGACGGUUACGGUUUCUUUAAAAUUCACGGUUGACGAGUUGGAGAGUUGUGUUGGAGUUGCAAAAGUUUCCACUUGUAGUUGUGUGUUGUGAAGAGGAUCAAAGGAAUUUCGUGAUUAAUAUUUAAUACUAACCCUAGCAUGCCAUCAGCUAUGGAGACAAAACCUAUCAGCUGGGCUGAUCAAGUCGAACAAGGAGAAGCUGAUUCUCAGCCUGCUGGAGAAGUUAUCACUGGAGAUAAAAAGAUAGUUACUGAGUUCAAACUUAAUGAUGAAGGGAAGAAAAUCAGGGUUGUGCGCUAUUACAAGAUUGAACGGAAGAUGGUCUCAAAAUCCAUUGCAUUGCGUAAAGCUUGGAAGAAGUUUGGCUCAGCUUCAAAUGAUCCUCCAGGUCCUAAUCCAUCAAAUACUAUAGUGUGCGAAGAAAUUUUUAUGCAGUUCUUGUCCAAUAAAGAAGAAGAAAAAGGUCAAGAAGAAGAUCCCUUGGCAAAACUUAAGGGUCAAAAAAUGGUUAAGUGUCGUAUUUGCAAAGAUGAUCAUUGGACUACUCAAUGUCCAUACAAGGAUAAACUUGGCACUUUGCCUGAUUUGUUAAAAGAAGAACCAAAGCCAGCAACUCCAAACCCUCAAGCAGAAGAAAAGGUAAAGGCAGGAAAAUAUGUGCCCCCAAGUAUGCGUGAAGGAGCCAAUAGGCGUGGUGAAUCUAUGACACCCUCAAGAACAAGAGAUGAAACAGCAACUAUCAGAGUAACAAACCUGUCUGAAGAUGUAAGGGACUCUGACUUACAAGAGCUGUUCCGACCUUUUGGGACAAUUGCACGUAUUUAUCUUGCAAAAGAUAAAUCAACAGGGCAGUCUAAGGGCUUUGCUUUUAUCAGUUACCACCGCCGUGAAGAUGCUGCAAGAGCUAUUCAAAGUGUUGAUGGCUUUGGAUAUGAUAAUUUGAUUUUAAGUGUAGAGUGGGCUAAACCAUCUGGAACAAACUGAUAAUGUACAGAUUGUGUUUGUAAAUUUAAUAAUAUUCAAUAAAUAUUAGAACAUUCUCU